CCUUGGAAAUAAACACCGUUCAUGAGGCGACCGCAGCUGUCCCUGGAUAUAGCUUUGUGACAGGAGGCUCCAGAACUACCCAGAGAAACGAAAAGACCUCAUUCUUCACCUGGCAGACAACGUCCUCUGCGGGGCCACAGCACAUGGAUUUCCGGACUCCCUGUGAGGAGACAAAGACAGGGGUUUGUUUGCUGCAGGAUGGUAACCAGGAGCCUUUCAGAGUCCGGCUGCACCUGGCCAGAGACAUUCUGAUGAUCCAGGAGCAGGAUGUGAUAUGCGUGUCGGGGGAGCCUUUCUACUCCGGUGAAAGAACAGUGACCAUUAGAAGACAAACUGUAGGUGGAUUUGGAUUAAGCAUAAAGGGGGGAGCUGAGCAUAACAUUCCAGUCGUCAUUUCAAAAAUCUCCAAGGAGCAAAGAGCAGAGCUCUCGGGACUGCUCUUCAUCGGGGACGCGAUCCUGCAGAUAAAUGGAAUCAAUGUGAGAAAAUGCAGACACGAGGAGGUGGUCCAGGUCCUCAGGAACGCGGGCGAGGACGUGACCCUGACCGUGGCCUUUCUGAGAAGAGCGCCUGCCUUCCUCAAGCUGCCCCUGAACGAGGACUGCGCGUGUGCCCCAAGUGACCAGAGUAGCGGCACUUCCUCUCCCCUCUGUGACAGCGGCUUACAUCUCAACUAUCACCCCAACAAUACGGACACACUGUCGUGUUCGUCGUGGCCGACGUCCCCGGGCCUGCGAUGGGAAAAGCGGUGGUGUGACCUCAGGCUGAUCCCUCUGCUUCACUCUCGGUUCUCUCAGUAUGUGCCUGGCACGGAUUUGAGUCGGCAGGACGCCUUCCAGGUGGUGGCCGUGGACGGCGUGUGCAGCGGGGUCCUCCGGUGCCUGUCUGCGGACGACUGUGCCGACUGGCUCCAGGCCAUCGCGGCCAACAUCUCCAGCCUCACCAAGCACAACAUUAAAAAAAUCAACAGGAACUUCCCUGUAAACCAGCAGAUAGUCUACAUGGGUUGGUGUGAGGCCCGGGAGCAGGACCCCCUGCAGGACUGUGUGUACUCUCCGAUAUUUCUAGCCCUGAGGGGUUCGUGUCUUUACAAGUUUCUGGCACCUCCGGUGACGACGUGGGACUGGACCCGAGCAGAAAAAACAUUUUCAGUUUAUGAGAUCAUGUGCAAGAUUCUCAAGGACAGCGAGCUGCUGGACCGGCGCAGGCACUGCUUCACCGUGCAGGCCGAGUCGGGCGAGGACCUCUACUUCUCCGUGGAGCUGGGCUGCGACCUGGCCCAGUGGGAAAGGGCCUUCCAGACGGCCACCUUCCUGGAGGUAGAGCGCAUACAGUGCAAGACGUAUGCGUGUGUACUAGAAAGUCAUCUAAUGGGACUCACGAUUGACUUCAGCGCAGGAUUCGUCUGCUUUGAUGCUGUGACAAAGGCUGUACUUUGGAGGUAUAAGUUUUCUCAUCUUAAAGGCUCUUCAGAUGAUGGCAAGAGCAAAAUCAAAUUUUUGUUUCAGAAUCCAGACACUAAACAGAUUGAAGCAAAGGAGCUGGAAUUUUCAAAUCUAUUUGCUGUUCUUCACUGCAUUCAUUCAUUCUUUGCUGCCAAAGUCGCUUGUCUGGACCCUCUCUUUUUAGGCCACCAGGCUACUGCUUCUGCUGCGGCCACUUCUACUGCGACAAGCAAAGCAAAGCACUCGACCUGACCCGCUGAGCUUUGUGUUGCUACUGACCCUGACUGUAUAAAUAGAACAAACAGACUCAUCAGUUUAGAUCUGGGAGAAACAAUAA